AUGCAAGCGGGAACUCACAUUCUUCAUUCCACGAUUGAUCAGGACCCCCGAGGUCAACGAAAUGAAUCUUUGGCUUGGUUUUGGUCUGUUGAAGUCGACCUCGGGGGUCCUGAUCAAUCGUGGAAUGAAGAAUUUUACCGAGUCCAUUGGCUGAGGGCAAAGGCACUACGGGAUCGAUGGAGGGAAGAAAUGCUAUUGGUCACAUUGAGAUGGAUUGGACAUCGCCAUAGUCCUGUAUUAGCCAUGUCUGCAUCUCAUGCAUCCACUUCUGGCACUCUGAAUCCCGGAAGCCAUUACCGACCUCUGAAGCUGAGCCUUGCAACUAUUUCCUGCACAUUGGCAAUGGCUGGAUCGCGCGUCCAUGCAAUCAUCUCUCAAUAUCGGACGGAAGCUGCCAACAAUGGUCUAUCUGCUGACCGGAUCAAGUAUUUUAAAGCUGGGCUGCAAUGGGAGAUGAAUACAUUUGUCACACCACUCCUGCAGUACUCCGCUUCACAGAAUAUCGUGUCGGUUCUUCCGGUCCCUGUCGCUUAUAUCCUUAAGUUAUAUCCCAUGCUGACCUGGAACACUGUUCCGGACGACGUCUUUUCAUUCCACCUCCUUUCAUUUCAUGAUGAGCCAAUUGCAGGACAUCCGUCCCGGAUUGUGUUCGCAUAUACAUGUCCAUGGUGGAUGGGAAACACCACAAUCCCUGAUCAACCAUGGCAGUGGGAUGAAAUAAUGGCUUCCUGCGUCUCUCACUACCAGUAUUGGGCGCUUAAUGUUGAGGAUGAUGCUUUGGUACUUCCAGAGAAGUUGAAAAACACUUCGACUCCACCACUCAUGGGACUGAGAUUCAUCAAAGAACGCAUGGAAGCAUUGCUGGAGGAGCAAGAUCAGGGCAUCGAAGCUAAGAUGGGAGAGGUGAAGAUGUACACUGACAUGUUAGAGAAAUUGAGGAAAGGCAAAGGAGUGUAG